UGCGGGGCCCCGCCAGCCCCGCGCCCGCCGGCCGGCGCAUGGCCCCGGCGUCGCUCGGCAUGAACCCCGCUGGGCUCAGGACGUGCGGCGGGGUCCGGGCGGGGCCCGGCCCGCUGCCCUUCAGCGUCGAGUCGCUGCUGGAGGCAGAGAGCGGGCUGGGCCAGGAGCCCGCGGAGCCCCGGGAGGAGAGGCCGCGGGGCGCCGCGGAGCCCGGGGCCUGGUUCCCGCCGGCCGCCCGCCCGUCCUGCCCACGCGCCCCCAGUCCUCCACCCUGCACCCUCCGAAAACACAAGAACAACCGCAAGCCGCGGACGCCCUUCACCACGGCGCAGCUGCUGGCGCUGGAGCGCAAGUUCCUCCAGAAGCAGUACUUGUCCAUCGCAGAGCGCGCCGAGUUCUCCAGUAGCCUGAGCCUCACCGAGACGCAGGUCAAGAUCUGGUUUCAGAACCGCCGGGCCAAGGCCAAGCGGCUGCAGGAGGCCGAGCUGGAGAAGCUGAAGCUGGCGGCCAAGCCGCUGCUGCCCGCGUUCGCCCUGCCCUUCCCCCUGCGCGCCCACCUGCCCGGCUCCCCGGCCGUGUUCGGCGGCGCGGCGGGCACCCUGCCGCAGGUGCCGGGACUUGUCUCCGCGCCCGUCGCCGCCUACGGCGUGUAUUACCUGUCCUAGGGCGGCCUGGGCGCGCGCGCGGCGAGCCGGGGGACGGGGGUGCGGCCGCGGACGGAAGGCGCGGGGCCUGCGAGGUGGGGCCGGCCGCGUGCUCGUCCGCACGGGGAUCUGCUGUCCCUGGUGAGCUCCCGGCGGCUCCGUGUUGUUUUGUGUUUGUUGUUGUUAAUACAGUGUUAGAAUGGACGCCUCAAGCCUAUUCGUGAGUGUUUUGCAGAUAUUCAAAACCUUUUAAAACUCAUAUUCGUACCAGACAAACUUUGCAGAAAUAACAUUGUUUCCCACAGCGUCCUUGAAGUGGACCAGUAGGGCUUCUUUUGUCCAAAGCAGCCAGUCAAGUAUUUUGCGGUUUAUUCCGA